CUUUGAAUUUGUGAGAAGUGUUGGAACUGAUGCUCUCUCAAUCACAAUUCAGCAGGGACAAGAACUAUCUGGUCGUGUGAUAAAACACAUAACUGGAAAUGGCCCUAUAUAUAUUAGAGCACUUGAAGACCUGGCCUGCUUACAUGAAAAG